GGGAGUGGUAGAUUGGGAAUUAAUUAGCAAAAGUAUGCGGCCCUGUGAAGCUUGAGCUGUGUACAUAUAGGCCCCUCUUCCCCAUUCUUAACCAGGCUUUUCUUAUCACCUGUUCUUCCUCUGUAUGUACUGCCUUUUUAGUUUCAUUGAAUCCCUGAUACUCCUUAAGCAUGGGUUCUAAGAAUUCUGAUCAGAUAAUUAUAGAUCAAUCUCGCUGGGUUAUUUCAAUUAGGGAUGGCCUGUGUGCAGACAAAGAAAAAGAAGAGGAAAAGGAGUUCGUUAUAGCCGUGUUCAAUGUGCCAAAGGAGUUAUUGGCAGUGAAGCCUGCAGCAUACAUCCCACAGUCCGUCUCCAUUGGGCCAUAUCACCAGUGGAGAUCGGAGCUGUAUGAAAUGGAGAGAUACAAAGUGGCUGCGGCUCGUAGGUUUCAGCAGAGAAUCGAUGGUCUCAAGUUCGAAUCUGUAGUCGAAGAAUUGAAGAAGCACGAAUGGCAAAUACGGAGCUAUUAUCACAAAUAUCUCGACUACAACGAGGAUGCUCUGUCAUGGCUCAUGGCUUUGGAUGCCUCGUUCGUGCUUGAGUGCUUGCAGUUCUAUGUCAAACAGGCGGACCAGGCUUCCAAGGAAGUGGCGUCCGAGGUGAAGCAACUGGGCAGAGUGUUAGAUCCAUCUGGAAGGAGCGCUACCCACAAUGCAAUUAUGAGAGAUUUGAUGAUGCUUGAGAAUCAGGUACCGUUGUUCGUCGUAAUGAAGUUAUUGGAGAUGCAGUUGGGUUCUCAUGACAAGGCCGAAGAAAGGCUCUGCAACGUGGUCUGUGCUGCCUGUGAAGAAUUGUCGCCCUUUAUGUUCAAGAUGCCAGAUAGUUCACGGCGCCGUAUAAAAGAAAGGGGUCAUGUACUGGAGGUGCUCUAUUAUGCCAUUGUCCCUGCAGCCGCCAUAGACGAUGGCAAUACUCAGGGCGAUGAAACUGAAAAGGAGGCGUUGCCAGAUGUAAGCAAUGUUAGAAAGGCUCUGAAUGCGGUAUGGGCGGCUAUCUCCAAGUUAAACGUUGGCCCUAUUAGACGUCUUACGGCACUGCCUCAGCGUCUAUUCCAAGGGAGGAUCGUGCAGUUUGUGGUGAAGCUGCCCAUGAAACUUCUUUCUACUCUGGGGAAUCUGCCAAUUUUGAGCGCUUUGAAGGGGCCCUUAACUCUUAUCUUUGGAGCCGUCAAAGAAGAAGAGAAAGAUGAAGAAGGAAAAGGAGAAGGAGAAGAAGGAGGUUCGUCUGUGGAAAUUCCCCCUACACGGGACGAACUCAAGGUUCCCUCUGUGGCCGACUUAUAUUCAGCAGGAGUAAAAUUCUCUCCUACGGACGGAGACCUCACUUCAAUACACUUCGACACAAAGACGGCCACUCUGUAUCUUCCCAAAGUCAGGCUGGAUAACAACUCAGAAGUGAUACUCAGAAAUCUGGUGGCGUUCGAAGCUGCGGCGGCUCCAGGUGCUUUGAUCUUCACUCGCUACACUGAUUUCAUGAACGGCAUCAUCGACACAAACGAAGAUGUUCAGCUUCUGAGAAGCAGCGGGAUCGUUUACAAUCAUCUGGCAAACGACGAGAAAGUUGCUAGUCUGUGGAACGGCAUGGGUAAAUGUGUGAAGCUCACAAAGGUCAAGUAUUUAGACAAAACAAUAGCCGACAUCAACAAGCAUUACAACAGGAGAUGGACCGUUGCGGUGAUGGAGUUCGUGAACAAGUACAUAUUUGGUUCAUGGCAGUUCCUCACCUUGUUGGCGGCGGGGAUUCUUUUACUUCUCACGUGUUUGCAGGCCUUCUGUUCUGUGUAUGACUGUAAGCGGUGGUGGAGUGACACCGAUUUUGUGAAGGACUAAACGGUGUGGCCCCAUAUAUUGGCUUGUUUCCACGCACGGACCCCGCAGGCUUGCAUUUAUUAAAGUUGUAUGGUUUAAAAAGAUGUCUUUUGUGGAGGAGUGGGGAGGCAAUGAUGUACGAGAUCCUUCUACACUUUAUCCAUUGCUGUAUUUUGUUAAUGUAAAGGAAAUUCCGUAAUGAGCUUCGACUAGCUGUAGUUUAUACGUAUGUAAAAUUCUUUACUUCCUCAAAUUGUUGCUGAAUGGGAAAUUUAAUAUUCAUUUCAAGUUCUCUGCAAUGAAUCCACACCUUUUUAACC